AUGGGCGCAGGAAGGUUCGUUUGCGUCGCUGUCCCUUUCGGGCUGAGCUUGGCCAGUCUGGUCUGUAUCCUCAUCGUGAUGUUGGCUGGUGUUACAAACAAGUCUCUCGACAUGUUCGAGAUCAAGACAGCCAACCUCUCGAUAUCCUCAUCCUCUCUCGCAAACCUCGUUGACAUUGCGAAACGAGCCCCCAUUCCAGGCGACUCCCUCUCCGCCUUGACGGUCGCUGGACUGUCCCCAAACGCUGGUGACAACAUCACCGCAGCAGAUCUCGGUCUCGCAGACUCGUACAAGGUCUCUCUGUGGAACUACUGCGCAACUACAGGGAGCAAAACAAAUUGCACCAAAGCUGAAUUCGACUGGGCUUCCUCCAAACUCAACACCAGCACCAUCGAAGCCACAGCCACUGCUCUGACAGGAACAACCGUCAGUCUCCCUUCGGAGCUCAAGACCGCCCUCAAGACCUUCAAAGUCUUCUCAAAAUGGACUGAGGUCGUUUACAUCCUCGCCUUCUUCACUUGUGUCGCCGAGCUUUUCCUAGGCCUCUUCGGCUUCUGCUCGCGUGCCGGCUCCUGUCUCACAUUCAUCAUCUCCGGCCUCUCAACCGCAACCAUCGUCAUCGCCUCCAUCCUGGCCACCGUCCAAUCCUCUCUCGUCAUCGCAGCCGUCAGAGCCAGCGCACGCUCCUACGGCGUCAAGGGCUCCCUCAACACCUCAUACCUCGCUACGACUUGGCUCGCAGCAGCAUUCAGUGUCGGCGCUGGCAUGUUCUGGAUGCUGACUAUCUGCUGCUGUGCCGCUGACCACUCGGGUAGCAGCAAGCGCAAGAGUCGUGGGGUUGACGAUCAUGAGAAGUUGAUUCCUACAGGUGCCUACCAGCGUGUGGAUGAUAAUACGCAUUUCAAUCAGGGAUAUGCUGGACAACAACAUGGAAUCUACAAUCCUCAGCAGAGUACCGAAUAUGGUGUCCCCAUGCACAAUGUUAAGCCGAUGGCUAGGGGUGGGAAUGGUGCGUAUGAGCCCUACAGCCAUACAGCUAUCUAA